AUGGUGCGUCGUGAUAAAACGACCAUUUUCCUUGAUUGCAAGGAAGCCACCACGGUUUACGAGCUGAAGAAAAUGGUGGAGGGAAUUAUGAAGAAAGCUCCUGAUGAUCAAAGGCUUUACAAAGAUGAUCAAAUUCUCGAUGAUGCAAAAACGUUGGAGGAUUGUGGCUUUACCACUCAAACAGCAAAAGCUCAAUCUCCUGCUUUGAUCAAAUUGUCUUUCAGGGGAGAAGGUGAGUUUUUUUUAUAGCGUUUAUACGUGUGCUCAAAUCUUAAUUACCUCAAUAUUCACGGAUGGUUUGAAUGAUUUAUACGUAAUUAUUGUGAUCUUCUGUGAUCUUUUCACGCUGUGCCUCGCUUAAUAAUUCAGAGAUUCGUGAGUUACAAAUUAAGCAAACAUGACCCGUGUACUUUCUUGACGGAAUGUUUGAAAUGUCAAGACAUCAAGUUUAACGUGGUACUUAAAUAUUUAAUCUGUUUAAACUACUCGAAUUUCGGCAUGCUACUGUUUGUUUUCCAUACUUGUAAAUUUGUAAAUCACUUAUUGUCUUGAUUUAAACCAACUGUUUCAUUCUUUGAUUUAAAAGUUGUUACUUGAGUAGGUAGAAAUAAUAUGAUACCAUGUGCUUAAAAGAGACAAAGGACACUUCAUGACGUUUCUAGUUUCCAAGAAUAAGUUGUGUCACUUCUACGACAAUGAUGAUGUUUUUCUCUCUAUUUUUUCAAUCUGCAUGAACCAAAGAAAUCUUGUACAAAAUAAUUGUCUUCAAAAAUGUACUUCUUAUAUUUUCACAGUGCCCAAUUGAAAUAUUGCUAACCUUUUAAAUGUCAAAUCAGUUGAUGACAGGCUGAAAUUGAGUGUUUCUUGGAAGAGAUUUUAAAACAGACUCUUGAAUUAAUUUAGCACUCUGAUAUAAACAAAUAACAAGAUUGAAUAGAGUUAAAGUUUGAAAUUUUAUCCACAAUAUUUUGUAGUAAUAUUAAGUUAUGAUGUUAUGCAAAUGUCUAGACUUGCUACUUAUUUCUCCCAUACUUGUUACAUUUCUGGGCAUCAGAUUGUUGUGUUAAGUUUAUCUUAGCAAUUUCAGGUGCUCAGCAAAGUCAGGUUGAAGUAGUUUCCAUCGUAAUUUGGGCUUAUAAUGAGCUCAGUUUCUUCCCUUUGAGUGCCUAGACUGACCAACAUCAACAACAUCAACUAACAAUAUGAGUUCAUCAUCAAGAGAAAACCCUAUAAGAAUUAACAAAAUGUUCACCAACGAGAAAAUGCUGUGAUCUUUUAGCAAAUUCUCUCGACUAGUUCUUUAAGGAAAUGUAUGGAGAUCAGUCUGGAGAAUUUGUAUGUGGAUAUUGGGGCUUUUAAGGGUUGAGUAUGAAUAAAUGAGGAACUGUUUUCAGAAUUAACCAUGUACAGUGUUACUGUUAUAAGUAUGUUUAACCAAUUUGCAGUGUAUUAUAACUAUUGUCAAUUUUCGAACUAACUCAAAGAACUGUAAAAUGCGGGAAGUAUAAUAAUAUUUCUGCUUGUUAGUCACAACUGAUUUCUUAUCAGCUGAUUUUGAAAUUUGUGUGUCCGUGCCAAUGAUGAGGCCCUCUUAGCUGUAGGGGGUUACAUAUGUCUCUAGUCUGAAUUUCAAACCCUCUUGUGUCGCGUAUUGAGGAGGAAGCUAUGUUGCUGUUGGUAUUUUACUAUUGUAUUUGCACUUUUCUCUGUAACUGUGUCUCUGUGUGACGUGGCAUUCGGCUGGCGCAAAACUCUUAAGUGGGUUAAAAACGAUACUGAUUUUUUGAGAUUUUGUUAUCUAAACAUUCCUUGUCUCUGAACAAACAUUACUUUAAUCUUCAUGAGUUGAUCAAGUGAUGGAUUCGCACAUUUGUAGGAAAACUCAAAAACAGAUGUUUCUGUUGGUUUGCAGUGGCUAUAUUUGUGCCCCUCAAAGAGACACCAACAUGGCGCCUCCAUACAAAACUUUAUAACUAUGGGUAACACGUUUUUCUGAAUAUGUCGCAUAUGAAAUGUCGCACAAACCUGAUUCUUAGCUAGGCUUUUUGUAUCUAUAUCUUUUUCCAUUUCCUAGAUUCUGGACUUUCUGUACUGAAUGGUUUGCAUUUUUAUCUUUGAUGGCGUGACAGUGAAAACAGAGAAUAGUUUUGGCAACACCAAGAUGGCACUUAUAAUGACAAGAAUUGUCCAAAAUCGCAAAAAUUAAUGUAGUGCACACUUUUAUUUUUGUCGUAGAUGGAGAAUUUGAACCAGUAGUCAUUGCUGACCUGUCCACCCCACCAGAAUUGCCAGAUGUGAUGAAGCCCCAGGAAAGUGUGUCCAACAGUGACGGCUCGUAG